AUGGUUUCCGACACUAGAGUAGUCAACUUGUCCUCGCGUGUGUUGACUGCUGACGAGACCGCGCUGCUUAGCAAAGGGCUCAACUUUGCUAUAGCUCCCAAGCGCAUACCGGCUGUUGAGAUUAUCGCUAAGAUCGAAUCAUCCGUCCGUUGCCGUGAUGCCGAAACCAUCGGCUCAGUUCGCAGAGAGGUCAACGCGAUCCUCGCCUCCGCCAAACCACCGAAAUCCAAUGUUACACCCGGCAUGCACAAAGCCUUGAAAGCGCUCAAGGAAGAUAGCACCAUUAUGAUUCUGCCAGCCGACAAAGGCCGCGCUAGCGUGGUAAUGGAUACCAGUACUUACCGUGAUAAGAUUUCCGAACUUAUUAGCUCGGGUCCUUACCGCGCCUUACGAAAGGAUCCUACCGAUUGUCUUGCUCGCAAGCUUGCAACCAUUCUCCGCGAUUUACACAAGAAUGGUGAUAUCGACGAUGCGACCUACAGGGUACUUAGACCCACGCAAAAACAGCCUCCUAGGAUUUAUGGCUUACCGAAAAUUCACAAACCCGAUGUUCCGUUACGCCCGAUUGUUUCAUGCAUAAGCUCUUUCGCUUACAACACUUCUAAAUUACUAGCCGACAUACUCGCGCCGCUUGUUGGUAAUAAUCAACAUGCCGUCCGUAACUCCGCUUCUUUUGUGGAUUUCUUGCGCAAUCAGACCGUACUUGAGCAUGAAGUCAUGGUCUCUUUCGACGUGGUAUCUUUGUUUACCAAUGUACCCGUUGAAGCAGCAUGUGAUGUCGCCCUCCAGCGCCUGGAGGCCGACGCUAGCUUACCCGACCGUACCGAUCUUUCUCCUACCCAGGUCACUGAACUUCUUCGUUUCGUGUUGAAGUCCACGUAUUUCAUGUACGAUGGACGCUUCUAUGAACAGCAAGAAGGCGCGGCCAUGGGUAGCCCUGUUUCUGCUGUUAUUGCUAACCUUUACAUGGAAUCCUUUGAGGAGGAUGCGCUUCACGCUUGCCCACCCGAAUUCAGUCCGAGAAUUUGGAAGCGCUAUGUUGAUGAUACUUUCAUUGUUACCGACAGGUCUACAACCGAUUGCCUAUUGAAUUACGUGAACGCGCAGCAACCGUCUAUCCGUUUCACUAUGGAGAGAGAAGACAAUAACCGCAUUGCCUUCCUUGACACUCUUGUACACCGGGAUGAUGAGGGCCGCCUCACCACUACAGUGUACAGAAAGCCUACGCAUACAGAUCAAUAUUUAGCGUACGAUUCGCAUCACCCCCAGUCCGUCAAACGCGGGGUAGUCAAAUGCCUUUAUGACCGAGCAUCACGCAUUGUAUCGAAACCACAAUGCACCGCCGCUGAGAAGCAACGCAUUGCUUCUGCACUCGUUUCCAAUGGUUACCCGCGCUCCUUUCUCAACCGUGUAACUAAGAGAAAGAACGUCGCUGAAGAAGACAUUGUGCGCUGCAAGUCUACCGUCGUACUUCCGUUUGUCGAUUCUAUUUCCCGCCAACUACGCCGGCACUUAGAGAAGUACAGCAUACGCGCGGUUUUCAAGUCCGACACUACUAUCCGUAAACAGUUAGUGCGCCCCAAAGACCCCGCGCUGCCCGGCAGACUCGAUGGCGUUGUUUACAAGAUACCAUGUGGGGCUUGUGACAAGGUUUACAUCGGGGAAACGGGCAGACCCGUUAACGAGCGAAUGCUAGAACAUCGCAGAGAUGUCAAGCACCGACGCAUAGAUAGUUCGGCAGUUGCAGAGCAUGCUUGGAAUGCAGAUCACCCUCCCAAUUGGGACGAGGUUAGCUGUAUAGCGCGGGAUAAGCACUGGUACACACGGCGUGUUAAAGAGGCUAUCCAAAUUCGUCUUCAUCCCAAUAAUGUGAACAGGGAUAACGGCAUUGACAUCCCUGAAGAAUGGCUUCCGACCAUUCGCCGACAUGCGCCCCCUACGACCGCCCGUAGUUCACCGGUUGACCGCCCUCCGACGUCCGCAUCCAACCCCAUUAGUUUUUGCACAGCUACCGCGGUUCACUCCUCGACGUCCGCAAAUUGCCCGCUUUCUACGCCGACUGCAGCCGACGGGUUUUCCCCGACGUCCGCAAGCCCCACGGCGAUCGCACCGUCCGCGGCUUCUGAUUGGUCGGUUGCGCCGACCAAUCACACCACGGCGGUUCCGGCACCGACGGCCCGUAGCCUACGGUAUAAAAGGCGCGCGCAGCGAGUGUCCACUUCAUUGCCUGACGAAGACUAG